AUGACUUUUAGUUGAUUUCAUUCAGUUUAGCUAGACUAACUCACAUACAAUUUGAAGCCCUAAAAUAAUUGCUAAUUUUUAUUAGUUAUUUCCUCAACCAUGAAAAUAUUAAUAUUGUGUACAUCCAUAAUCGUUGGACUUAUUGCUGUCUUCUUUUUCUUUGUGGGCAGCAUGUCAAUUUAUCGCAACACGAUCUUCUACAUAAAAGGAUUGAGAGAGUUCACAAAAAGUGGAUACGAAAUAGCAUCCAAGAAUUUCAAUCCUCACGAACUUGAUGUGGACUGUUCUUUAAAACAUUUCAUCAUCACAGGUGCAAAUUCUGGCCUCGGAUAUUCUACAGCAUUAGAAAUAGCAAAAAAGAACGGAACAGUUCACAUGGUUUGUAGAAAUGCAGUAUCUGGAGAACAAGCAAAGCAUGCGAUUGUGAAGGAGUCAAAAAAUUCCAAUGUUCAUUUGCACAUUGUUGACUUGUCAAAACCAAAAGAUGUUGUAAAGUUUGCAAAGCGAUUUGCACAUGCACAUUCACGUCUGGAUGUCCUAAUUAAUAAUGCAGGAUGCUUAUUGAAUGAACGAGUACGAACUGAGGAUGGUCUAGACGCUAAUUUCGCCACAAACACGCUAGGGUAUUACUUAAUGACUAGGGAAAUGCUGGGUCUUCUUUCCAAAUCUGAAGAUCCACGCGUCUUGAUGGUUUCCUCUGGUGGAAUGUACACACAAAAGCUGGACCAUGAAGAUUUCAACUUUGACCGCUGGAGAAAGUAUGAUGGCGUAAUUGUUUAUGCGCAAAAUAAAAGACAGCAAGUCGUAAUGUGCGAAGAAUUUGCAAAAUCACACCCAAAUAUAUUUUUUGCUUCCAUGCACCCCGGUUGGGCUAAUACGCCUGGGGUUCGAAAAUCCAUUCCGGAUUUUUAUGAACGUCACAAGAGUCAACUGCGAACCCCACAAGAAGGUUCGGACACGUUGGUUUGGCUCGCGGUGGCCCCAGCAAAAGUAAUUCAGAAAUUUGGAUCUGGCAAUUUUUUUCAAGAUCGAGCCGUGUGCAGCACUCACCUUCCUUUAGCGUGGACCAAGAGUUCUGAGGCUGAUAAUUCCGAGUUUAUGAAAAAAUUAUCAAAAAUUGCAGACAAGUUUUUAUAAAUACAUUGAUUUUAUUUACUUGAACGUAACGUCUCUAAUGUUGUAAAGUUAUCUUUUUCGUACAUACUUAAUUAUGCUAAUUAUUUAUUUAAGUAAAUAAUAAAGAAAGUGAGUACAGUUUA